AUGGCCAUGGCUUACCGGCGCCAUUCGAACGCUGGACCGAACUGGAACCGAAAUUCUACGUUCCCCCCAGCAGCGACCAGCAGAGCACCAUCGCCCUCGUUCAACCAACGAAGCAUCCCAAGUUCUCUAUUGCCAUUGAAGCCGAGCGUGUCGCGUUCUCCAUCUCUAAGCGUAACAAGGCCGACUUCUGAGAAGUCACUGUUAUAUCAAAGUACUAGCAACGCAGAGGAGGCCUCGCCUUACUCGAUCCCGCCCGUCGCCGAGGAGCCUUGUGAUCAACAAGAAGAUCAGACGCGUUCACAAGAAAGGCCAAAAGAGAAGACUCGCACGAAAGAGGAUACUCUCGGGAAGGGGAAGGAGCCCGCGCUUGUCAGAAACAGACCCGUAUAUCAUGCCAAUCGCCAAGCGGUGGCCUCGUCUUACUCGAUCGCGUUUGUUUCGGAGGAGCCUUAUAAGAAUCAAGAACAGGCGCGUUCGGAAGAAGGAUCUAGAGAGAAAACCAGCACCAAGGAAGAUCAUUCGGGCAAGGGGAAAAAAGAGCCAGCGAUCGUCAGGACGAGGCCGAUCUUCCAUGCGAACCUAGAGGAAGCCAAAAAAUAUCACGAAAACCGCCUCAAGAAUUCCUCAUCAACUGGGAAAAAGAGGCCGAUUUCGUGCGAGGAAAUCCUCAGUCGAUAUUGCGACCAGUUCAACUUUCAACUGCCGAUCCUCGAAGUGAUUCGUUGCAAAGAAAAGACGAGGAAGCGGGUCUUUCUGCGGAUCAAACGACGCCUGGUGGGCAUUGGCGAAGGCCAGACGACCUUCGAGGCCAUCCUUGCCGCCUACGACGAUACAGUGCUCUACCUCUUCAAGGGCGACUCGCAACUAAAACAACAGCUCCUUCAACCUAAUGAAUCGAUCGAAUGGAGUCAAAUGAAGACCACUCAAUCCUCCUGA